GCCGUCCAAUGAGCUGCCUCCCCGCCCUCUACCCGUCUGCGUUCCCUGGGGUGGGGUGAGAAUUGCGGAAGCGGAACUGCGUCACCGAAACAAGAUGGCCGCGCCCACGGCGAUGCCCCGGCGGGAAGUGUGGAGCCGCACCAGGGAAAAGCUCAGGAGCUUCCCACACCUGAUGGCAGCGUGUGCCGCAGAGGCAUCAGCAUAUGGGAGGUGUGUGGCUGCAAAUACUCAGGGGAGCAAGGACCUCAGAAAGGACAAGUGUGCAAAUGAGUUUCAGGCGCUGAAGAACUGCUUUACAGUAAAUGCCAAAAAAGCAAGGUAAAAAGCAAGAUUGAUUUCUGCAAAGAAGUUCAUAGACCACUACUACACAAAAAGAACAACCCAGUUGGUUGUCAAGUAAGUUCCUACAGCUGGAGAACCAUGAUUAAGAGACAAAUGUACUGAAGAGAAGCAUGAACUCAACAGAACAAUAUAUUGUUUAUUUUCUUGGCUUGGUGCAUUUUGUGAAAGAUUUUCAAAUAUUAAGCAUUUUUUCAUGUUGCAUCCAAUAUUUGUAGAACAGCCAUGACUUAGGACAAAUGUGGUAUAUCUGUUCCUCAAUCCUAAAUACUGCUUUGGUACUGUGACUUCAGAUUUCUCACUUUUAAGUGUGUAACCUUACUGACCACAAUUGUUUAAAAUAAUGCUGCUAUAUGAAUGAGAAUUAAAUAGAUUGAGAUUUUGGUUUUAUUUAGCAAGUUAUUAUAUGACUAGCUGUUUGCUUAAUUAAAUGUUUCCAUAUUUUGUAUAAUUAAAUAAUAAAUGUCUUGAAUACAUUCUUGUGAAAUCAUGUAUAUUUUGAAAAUAUUUCAUGCAAGUCACAUUGAUUAUCUGCAUUUCCAUGAUUGGCUUAAAGAAUUCAUAGAAAAUCUUGUGACAAAUAUAUCACUUUUUACAGUACAUGCUUCUGCAUUAAUUUUCUGUAAACACAACUCUUUUUCAAGUUUUGUCCAUUCAUGUUGAACACUGUACGUUCCUCAAGCAAGGAGCAGUAGCAUUGUGGUUAUGUUACUGAACCAGUAAUAGAGGCCUGGACUAAUAAUGGAAAAAUAGGAGUUCAAAUCUCACUAUAGCAUAGGGGUAGUUUCAAUCCCAAUUAACAAUUAAAUGCAGAAUUUGUGGAAUUAAUUUUAGUAAUAGAACCCAUAUAACUGCCACAUUGUUUUAAAAAAAGCUGGUUUAUUAAUAUUUAUUAGGAAGGGAAAUCUACAGUCCUUGCCUAGACAAGAUAAUUCAUUGUGUGUUUGCAGUGCACUGAAAUAGACUGUCUAGCCUAUUUAAGGGUGAUAGAGAUGCACAAUAAAUUACCACCAAUGUCCAUGUCCCCAAAUAAUUUUUUAAAAUUUUAGAUCGCUGAAAAAUCAAAUUUGAAAAUUAUACUAAUUUCAACCUCCUGCAUAUCAACUCCUUUCUGACAUUUGGUCGUAACUCUGCAUUUUUCUUCUUUUGAGCCUGCCAGCUAUUAAUUACCCCUGCACACAUUCUGUCUCAGCUGAGGUGUUGGUUCAGAUCUGUCUUGAUAUAAUUCAUUAGCAGUUGUGUCCAAGGCAACUAAAGCAUGCUUUUUGAAUGCCACUUUUAACCCAAGUCCAGCUAAAAUAUUUGUGGGAUUUCUUCUUAGCCAUAAUUUCCUUAAAUCUGUUAACAGCAGCUGCUUGGAGUCACUUCUGCUUCAGUAUUCACCCAGCUCCAAACUGUAACUACCUUCUUCCAGCAAACAUGCAGAUAAAUUGAAAGCAGAGAACCCCUUAAACUUCGUCCAACUUCAAUGAUGAUGGGGACUGUUCCAUGGUGUCCUUAGGGUUUAUUGACUGCUUUUCAGCUAAUAUUGUUCCAAAUCCUGCUGAAUUGCAGGCUUUUCAGACACCACGUUUUCAUCUAAGUAAGACACCUGCUGUUUUUAUAGCCUUGUCUCUUCUAUUUUGAUUCUAUUAGACAAACAUGGAUAAUCUUCUGAAUUUGUUUUGUAUUCCAGCAUUUACUUACAAUGUCCAGCAUUUAAAUAAUCUUAUUUCCAGCUGUGAAUCUCUUAAUUAUAUGCUAAAAAUCAUGAACCAUAAAGUUCACAUUCAUGACACACUAUCUUUCCUCAAUGCCUUUGACUUCUUUAUGAAUAUCUGUGGUGCUUCAUGUAGUACAACAUUAAUUUUGUUUCAAAGCUAAUUAACUCGUGUUUUGGAAUUCCCAGAAAUUGUGAAAGGCCCUGUACAAAUGCAAAUUCCAUCUCUAGUACAAAGGUGUGAUAAAUAUAUCAAUAUCAUUUUUUCUUACAGGUUGAAUUUCAAUGUUAUGGCAUAUGGAUGUUGGCUUAUUUUUGUGAAGAGUUUCAAAAAUUAACUAGGUCAGUCUUUCAGGAUCCAUGAUUUAAAACCAGUACCUGUCCAAGAGCAGGUGACUGCAAAGCAUGCUGGAGUGUUUGAAGAUUUGUUGGAACUAUCUGGUUUUAUUACAGGAAGCUGGAAGUCUUAAGCCAUUAGUUGUAGCAUAAUCUAGGAUGGGCAAGUUUUUUUUGAAAAAAGUUCAAUUGUUUUUGGGUGCAAUUGUAAGGAGGGCUUACUAAAGUCAAGACACAAGCAUAUUCUCUCCAAAGAAAGGAGCUUGUUCAGAGCAGUAAUGGAAAAGCUUAGCUGAGAUAAUUUGUGAAACCCUCCAGACCAGGCAUACUUGGCUGAAACUAUGCAGAUUAUUUUUUUUAAAUUGUCUAUGCUUUCGGUUGUGAGAAUAACAGGAAAAAUACUUCACAACUCAGGACAGGAACUGAGAAGCAGUAAAGUCACACCUGCAGAUUGGACAGGGAAGGACCAAAUCUUUGAAUUUUGAUUAACUGUACAUUGAUGGUGUUUAUCAGUUGAUGGGAUUUUUCUUUACAUUCAAUAGGCAAUGUAAAUGCAAUGUAUUUUAUUUCAAAUUAAAUGGAAUAUAAAAGUAGGGAGGUUUUGCUCAAAUAAGGCAGCAGACCACAGCUGGAAUACAGUAAACCAUUUUGGUCCUCUUACUUAGGGAAAGGUAUACUGGCAUUGGAAGCAGUCCAGAGAAGGUUCACUGGACUGAUAAAAGUUAUGACAGGAGGCUGCGCCUCUAUUGAUUGGAAUUUAGAAGAAAGGCAACUUUAUUGAAACAUACAAGAUUCUUAGGGGAAUUGACAGGGUAAAUGUGGGAGAUUCUAGGACAAGAGGGGGUUGCAGAAGAAGGGGUUGCACAUAUGACAGAUGAGAAAGAAUUUCUUCUGAGGUUUGUGAAUUUGUAGAAUUAUUUACUGCAAAGAUCAUUAAGUAUAUCAAGACUGACAUAGUCAGAUUUUGAAUUAGUGAAGGAAUCAAGCAUUAUGUGGAAUAGGCAGGAAAAUGGAGCUGACGAUAAUCAGAUCAGUCAUGAUCUCAUUGAAUAGCAGAACAGACUUGAUCGGUUGAAAUUGCCUACUGCUGUACAUCUUUUGCCUUAUUGUUUUUGCCAUGUGUUUCAAAGUCUUUCAAACUGUUAUAAUCAGAGUUUGGUUGGUUUUCUUUUACUUCAUACAUGUAAUCAUUUCUGCUUUAUUGUUCAAUUUAAAUCUGCAGUGUUGUGUACUUCUUUGAGUGAGAGAUGAUCACAUUAAAAGAACUACGAUCUAUCUGG